AUGUCGAGCUCAGGAUCCGGCUUUCUAGGCCGCUCGAGUAGCAGCAAUGCGAAUAUGCGUGGUUUGGUCCAGUUCAUCGCUGAUCUAAGAAAUGCGAGAGCGCGCGAGCUCGAGGAGAAGCGAAUUAAUAAGGAACUGGCCAACAUUCGACAGAAGUUCAAGGAUGGUAGCCUCAGCGGUUACCACAAGAAGAAAUAUGUCUGCAAGCUGUUAUACAUCUAUAUUCUGGGUUGGAAUGUCGACUUCGGCCACCUCGAGGCCGUCAAUCUAAUCUCGGCGAAUAAAUACUCUGAGAAGCAGAUCGGAUAUUUGGCCAUGACGCUGUUCCUUCACGAGAAACACGAGCUCUUGCAUCUUGUCGUCAACAGUAUUCGAAAGGAUCUUCUCGACCAUAACGAGCUCUUCAACUGUCUCGCCCUCCAUGCGAUUGCGAACGUGGGAAGCCGAGAAAUGGGUGAAGCUCUUAAUGGAGAGGUCCAUAGGCUCCUGAUUUCUCCGACCUCCAAAUCGUUCGUCAAGAAGAAGGCAGCCUUGACACUUCUCCGACUAUAUCGCAAGCACCCAGACAUCGUAUCGCCACAAUGGGCGGAGCGUAUUAUUCAUCUGAUGGACGACUCUGACCUUGGUGUUGCGCUUUCAGUGACAUCUCUUGUCAUGACCUUGGCCCAAGACAAUCUCGAACAAUACAAAGGAGCAUAUGCUAAAGCAGCAGCCCGUUUGAAGCGCAUCCUUGUCGAUGGCGAAUAUACAACAGACUACCUCUACUACAAGGUUCCCUGCCCUUGGCUACAGAUCAAGUUGCUCAGACUUCUGCAGUACUUUCCCCCUGCAGAGGACACUCAUGUUCGAGACAUGAUUCGAGAAUCCUUGCAGAAGAUUCUCAAUCUAGCUAUGGAGACCAAUAAGAACGUGCAGCAAAAUAACGCCCAGAACGCCGUGCUCUUCGAAGCCAUUAACCUUAUUAUCCACUUGGACACUGAGCAUGGUCUGAUGAAGCAAAUUUCCACAAGGCUGGGCAAAUUUAUUCAGAGCCGAGAGACUAAUGUCAGAUACCUGGGCCUGGAGGCCAUGACGCAUCUGGCUGCACGCGCCGAGACACUCGAUCCCAUCAAACAACACCAAGAAAUAAUUCUUGGUUCGCUUAAGGACCGGGAUAUCAGUGUUCGUCGCAAGGGUCUGGAUUUGCUCUACAGUAUGUGUGAUGCAACUAACGCCCAAGUGAUUGUUGGUGAGCUGCUGCAGUAUCUACAGAACGCCGACUUUGCCAUCCGAGAAGAGAUGGUCCUUAAAAUCGCCAUUCUUACGGAAAAGUACGCUACUGAUGUGCAGUGGUAUGUUGACAUCUCCUUGCGACUUAUUGCCAUGGCCGGAGACCAUGUCAGUGAUGAAGUUUGGCAACGAGUUACCCAGAUCGUGACAAACAACGAGGAACUGCAAGUGUAUGCAGCCCAGAAUGCGCUGCAGUAUGUCAAGGGUGACCACUGUCAUGAAACCCUCGUCAAGAUCGGUGCCUAUAUUCUCGGAGAAUUCGGUCAUCUGGUUGCCGACCAACCUCGUUGCAGUCCCAUCGAACAGUUCAUGGCCCUUCAGGGCAAACUCACGGCGUGCUCUUCGAGCACUCGCGCGAUGAUCCUGUCAUGUUUCGUCAAAUACGUCAACUUGUUCCCUGAAAUCAAGCCUCAGCUUGUUCACGUGUUCGAAUUCCACAGCCACAACCUGGACUCGGAGUUGCAGCAAAGAGCUUGUGAAUACUUGACUCUUGUGAACAUGCCAACGGACGAUCUUCUCCGAACAGUCUGCGAUGAGAUGCCACCCUUUCCCGAAAGACAAUCUGCGCUCCUGUCGAGAUUACACCAGAAACAUGCAAACACGAGCGACCGAAGGACUUGGGUGGUGGGAGGAAAAGACGCCAAUGCCGAUGCCAGGGAACUUAGCAUGGGAACUGGGGCACUUAAGAGGACUUUCAGCUCCAACAUGCCACUGAACGGCAAAACGAACGGCCAGACCGCGGCUGCAACGGGUGUCAACGGCCACAGCAAUGGCGUUGCCGAUCUGGCUGGUCUGGACCUCAACGCACCUUCGCCCACCGAGCCCAAGAUGCUUAAGGCCCCUAAUCUGGCCAGCGCAGCUCAUCUGUCACCAGGAUGGGAGCAAGGGUUUAAUAAACUGCUGGUUCGGUCGGAUGGCGUUCUCUACGAGGAUGGUCAACUGCAGAUUGGCGUUCGGUCCGAAUACCGCGGCCAAAUGGCUUGCUUGAUCACCUAUUUCAAGAACAAGACACCAGCAACGAUGAGUUCUUUCACUACAACCUUGGAUUUGGACGAGAACGAGAAAACCAAUCUUACUUGGGAUGUUAAAAACCUUCCCGAUAGCACCAUCGUACAAGGUGGACAAUCUCAACAAGUUGUUAUGUUCGAGGCAAAGAAGAUCUUCGAGAAAUGCCCUACUGUACGCAUCAGCUACCUGGCUGGUGCCCUUCAGGCACUGACUUUGAAGCUUCCUGUGGCGAUACACAAGUUUAUGGACCCGGCAGAGCUUACAGCUGAGGACUUUUUCAAGAGGUGGAAGCAGAUUGGUGGUGCACCUCGAGAGGCCCAAGCCAUUUUCGGAGUCAAUGGCAAGGGUGACAGGCAGCUCACAGAGAGCUUUGUCACGAAAACAGUAGAGGGAUUUAGAUGGCGUGUGCUAGACAUGGUGGAUCCCAACCCAAAGAAUGUUGUUGGCGCAAGCGUGCUUCAUACAUCCCAGGGGGGUAAAUUUGGCUGUCUGAUGAGACUGGAGCCAAACUACGGACAACAGAUGAUCCGCUUGACCGUUCGUGCCACAGAUGAUUCUGUCCCUGCUGUGUUGUUGAAGUACAUGCAGGAACGACUUGCUGCAGGCAUCUCGACAGCGCCGGAACGAUUUGAGCCACCAUCACGAGAACAGAUUUCGGACUCUUUCCGUAAUGUGAUGGUGACCUAG